AUGGAAACAUUCCAUGAAAAUAUAAAACAAAUAGAACGUGAUCUGAAGCUACAAGAUAACUCCAAGACUGAAGAACGCAAAACUAGUAAUGCAAAGGAGAAAAAGAAGAUUGUACACCGUUUGCUGUACCCGGACUCAGUUUUGUUUAAACGCUGGGGUGCAGAUUUAAGUGAAGAGGAGCAAACUGUUGCACAGGAUCUGUUCUUAAGUUAUGGGUAUAAUGUUUAUCUCAGUGAUCAUCUACCUCUGGAUCGACCUAUCAGAGACACCAGAUCUCCCAGCUGUAAAAUGAAAACAUAUCCAAAAGACCUUCCAACACUCAGUGUUAUACUUAUAUUUAUGAAUGAAGCACUGUCAAUCAUCUUGCGUGCAAUUACUAGUGUAAUUAACCGAACACCUUCUCAUUUAUUGAAAGAAAUCAUCCUGGUAGAUGAUUACAGUUCAAAUGAUGAUCUGAAAGGACCUUUGGAAACACACAUCAAAAAUUACAAUGUAAAACAUCCUGGACUGCUGAAGAUCAUCAGGCAUCAGAAAAGACAAGGCCUAACACAAGCCCGGAUUUCUGGCUGGGAGGCAUCAACUGCAGACGUUGUUGCAAUUUUGGAUGCCCAUAUUGAAGUGAACAUGGCAUGGGCUGAACCAAUUUUGUCUCGACUAAAAGAAGAUCGCACUGUUAUAAUAUCACCGGUAUUUGACAAUAUUCGUUUUGAUGACUUUGAGCUUCUUCAGUAUUCAGUGGCUGCAGACGGGUUUGACUGGGCACUCUGGUGCCUUUAUGAACCUUUACCAGCUGAAUGGUAUGCUCUGAAAGAUGAAACAGCUCCAGUCCGGAGCCCAUCUGUAAUGGGGAUUCUUGCUGCAGAUAGGAAAUUUCUGGGUGAAAUUGGUGUACUGGAUGGUGGAAUGCACAUAUAUGGAGGAGAAAACGUGGAACUUGGCCUGAGGGCCUGGCAGUGUGGAGGUAAAGUAGAAGUGCUGCCCUGUUCAAGAAUCGCUCAUUUGGAAAGAGCUCACAAGCCUUACCUGCCAGACUUGAGCAUCGCAGUGAAACGCAAUGCCUUGCGGGUAGCUGAAGUGUGGAUGGAUGACUACAAGUACAUGGUCUACUUUGCAUGGAAUCUUCCAAUUGAGAAUCCUGGAAUAGACUUUGGAGAUGUUUCUUCCAGAAAAGAGCUAAGGAAAAAAUUGAACUGUAAAGGCUUUGACUGGUACAUAAAAAACAUUUAUCCUAAUUUAAUCUUUCUUCCCAACAUUGUUGCCUAUGGAACAAUGAAAAACACAUUGAAAGAAGACAUCUGUAUUGAUCAGGGCCCUGUCCCCGGAAACACACCAAUUAUGUAUCCCUGUCAUGCAUACUCACCACAGCACAUCUUUUAUCACAGCACUGGAGAAAUGUAUGUAGGAGGUUUAUAUGCCCGACGGAAUACAGCUGAUAGAUGCCUAACAGACCCUGGGAAUGGGGACCUGCCAGUUUUAGAGCAAUGUCACACAGCUGUGAAUAAAGGCCUGAACUUGCACUGGGAUUUUAAGCAGGGAUCAGCCAUCAUCAACAGGAGCACUAAAAGAUGCCUCGAAAUCACAGCAGACAAUCCAGUUUCAUACAGACUUGUAAUGAGGACCUGCACAGGACAAACUUGGAAUAUCCAACACACAGUUAAGGACUGGGGAAAGACAAAAGACCUGGAACAGAAGGCACAGCACUCAAAGCAUUGA